ACCUUGCAAACAUGAGCGAAUUAUAUGCGAAAAUUUACAAUUUUAUAGUAACAGCUGAAGAAGAAAAUAUAAACGCCUCCACUGUCAUCUACCAAGCGUUGAAUGAAGAACCAUGGAUUUCAAAGGAAGAAGUAAGGGGGCUGGUUCACCGAGCAAUUUCAUCAGCAUUGAAUCUAUAUGCUCAAGGCUCCACUCGACAACAAAAACUUUCGCAAAUACCUCUACAAUUUGAGGUUGCAUAUGAAGGGGUCUAUGGCUUACUCAAUAUUGGAGCACUAAAAGUAAGCAAAGAAAAACCUAUCACUUUGGAACAAAUCGACGCUAAUCUCCAAAAGUUGAUGUUGAAACUGAUGAGAGAUUCGUCAGCACUUGCACAAGAGUUAGCUCUAGGUCUAAGGAAAGUGACAGCUUCCAGUCUCAGAUGGAGCGAUCUACUCACCAACCAGAUAAUUGAUGAUAGUUCCGAUCUAGUGAAGGGUCUCUCCUCUCCAAUGAAAAAAAAAUUCUUGAAGCCCGCAUGGCAAAUGUUGGAAAGAAUCGAAAUUCUCAAAGAAGUUACGAAAGAAAUUCUCAACACAGUAAAAGAUAUCUGGAACAACCCUGCUUUUGGACCAAAUUUUGUUGAUUCAUUGAACGAAGGUACCUAUGUAUCAAAUGUGGUGGUACCGUUGAUUCGCGCAACAUUGAAAAACCUCCCUUUUGGAAAGUCCUCGUUUAUUAGCACCUACGAAUGUCAAAGUAUUGCUAGUAAGGAUAGAAGGGGUGUAGGCAAAACGGGCAGACGACCAGAUAUAAUGUUUGAAGUUCAUCGUGAGGGGAAAGUUUAUGAACUUUUAUAUGGUGAAUGUUCACGUAUAUUCUGCACCCCGCAAAAAGAACUAGAUGACAAAGUAAAAUUAUGGCGGGAGGUGAACGAUGGAUUAUACUGGGUUCGUAAAGGUUGUAAACCGGAGAAAGAGCAGUUCGGAAUUGUUGGAAUUCAGAUCGCAGGGCGUAAAUUACACCUGAGUGUUAUUACAAGAGGUGUAGACGAAAUUCAUUGUCGUUACAAUUUACACUCAGCUGAAAUCCCAGUGAAUCCAAUGGGGGAUUACGAUUUAACGAAUUUUAUAAAGACUUUGUUGACUCUACGGAAUAUAAUUAUCAUCAACAUGUCUUUAUUAUUCCACGCACCCACCUCUAUAUCACAUAGACAGGAAGAUAGUUCGACAGUAUCAUCACCUCUACAUGACAAUUAG